AUGGUUGACACUAAAAGCGCAGAGGACCUCGUACCCGAGGCCUCCAGUUAUCCAUACGCGUGGUCUCCUGACUCCGCAGAGGAGCGUCCUUUAGAUGGAUUUCUCAAUAAGUUCAAACCAUCCAUGGUGCAGGACGACGGCACGAAACCGUGGAUCUGGGUGCAAGGCAAACAUCCCAUUCCUCAGCUCGAUAAGAACGAAGAAGCUGCCAUUCGAGAGGCCUUGGAAUGCGUGAAUGACGCGACCAAAAAGAUCGACAGCAUAAAGAACGACCCAGCUAUACCGACCCGUGCCAGCAAGAAAAAUCCGGAUAUCAAGAGUAAAAAGGAGUGCCGCGAAUUAGAACAAGCUGCUGCAGUCGAGAAGCUCAAGGAGAUAUCUUUGCGUCACGGAUAUGUGUCCGGAAAAUGGCUUAUUUUUGCUCCACCGGACAAAGUAGAUUUCAUUUGGACGACUGUUGCAACUUCACUCGUGUCAGGACCCCUGUCUUCGACGGCAGCGUUUCUAGCCAAAGUUUCAACUUGUCCUCCGAACAAUGCCCCCAAUUAUCAACACGUCAUGUGCGUCUACAUGCCAAACGCAUACGACAAAGAAGCUGCGACAGAGAUGAUGAGGGCCCUCAUCGCCGAACACGGGUUGAACGUCAUUGGUGUGAAAUCCAAUCUCUAUACGGCGAUCGGUCUGGAUAGCAAACAUCCUAGUGGUAUCCAGUCGACGAUCUGGAAGCCUUCAGCUCUCAUUCCGGAUGCUGAGUCUAAAGCCAUGCGAGAAGCAUUCUUCGAUAAGAAGAGGGAUCAAUCUCCUGACACGAAAACCGAAAGAAGGCUCGACGACUUCUUCAAGGCUGAACCCGUGGACGCUGCCAACCCUCCGUCUGUCAAAACAGAGACUCACGAUGACAAAGCACCACCAAAAGCCAAGGCUAAAGCUAAACCGAUGUUGAAAAGGAAGGCCAAGGAGGAGGAUAUGUUUGUGUCCGACGAAGAGGAUGACGCUCCUGCGAAGACACCGGCAUCUAGCAAGAAGGCUGCAGUAAAGAAGGCCGAGUCCGACGAUGAUGAGACAACAGGGCCCAUGGCGGAACCGAGCACGACCUCUAAGAGAAAACCAUCAUCGAAGGCAAAGGUCAUCAAGGGUGAAGAAGAGGAAGAGGACGAAAAGCCGAAACCGACAAAGCCACUGUCUAAAUCCAAACCUUCCUCGCGUGUAAAGAGAUCGACUAAAGAAGAGGACAUUGACGAAGAAGACGAGGUAAUCAGACCCAAGAAACGAGGGAGGGCGAAGUAGAUCUCCAGGGGCACUUGCCAAACGGGCAUGUUUCGCAGUCUGCACUCACAAUCGUGGCGACUGCGUCAAAGUCUCCGUACAGGGUGGCUCUAUCAGUGGCCACAUUGCUCCGGCUUAUCUCUCGCGCAUGCUGCUUCUCUAUGUCUUCGUCAGUUCCAUGGCUUCCAAACCUUUGCUAAGUUCGAGGUAACGAAGGGGCCGUAUUUCCCCAUGAAUAUUUCUUCCUGUCUUGUAUAAGUUGUACGUCCCCAAUGAUAAAUAUUUU